UCCUCUACGCCGCCAGUUUGUUAAAUUAAUGCAGUAAGAAAGUCAGUCUGAAGAUCUGAGGGAGUCUGGCCAGAAGAUGGGUGAGCUCAGAAACCCGACAUGCCUCUGAAAGGUUGAGCUCCUAAGCCCUGCUGGGAAGCCAUGGACCCCAGCAGCCCCUGAAAGUUGUGGUGGGCUCUAUUGCGCCUGCAGCCCCAAGCAAUGGGACACCGUUCCUGCAGCAAUUCCAACUUAUUCGGAGGGGACCAGCGAACACGGACUGCAAGGCGACAGCAGACUGGAACGGAGGCAGGGGAACGAGAUUCAGGGACUCGGUUGCGUUGCGCCAGCCUGGCACACUCUCCGACAUCUAACUGAAGCCAGCACCGUCACCUGCUCCACCACCACCACCACCACCACCUACACACACACACACACACACACACACACACACACAAAAGAAAGAAAGAAAGAAAAAAACCCUAAAACCCCUCGGGCCAGCCCAGGGCCAGAAAGAAGAUGCCAGCCGGGUCUAAAGGUCCGAGGCCAGGGCUCUGAUCCCCACGGAUUUCUUGCUUGCAUGAAUCUGGCACUCUCGACAUAAAAAUAAGGGUUAAAAAGAGAAAAAUAAAGAAAGAAAAGAAAAGAAGAAAAUAUACCCACCCCCAAGAGUGCCUCCCAGCGCCGCAGGGAGCCUUCAGCGAGUUGAGCACCAGCAGCGCUCUUCCCGCCCGCAGCCGGGCUGGACGCUCUCCGUGGUGCUGAACCUGCACGGCCGCCGCUGUCCGCGGUACCCAAGCUGUGCCUGGCUGCAAUUCUCCCCGGCUCUGCCACCUCGUCCCUCUACUUCCCAGCUCCCUUGAACAUCUGGAUUAUUUUUCCUCAUUGGCGCUCUCUGGUUUCGUGGGUGCCCAUCGGAAACAUUUUGCACCCCCAUAACUCGUGGACUUUACAGCACAAGAAUCUGGAAAAUGUACAGCUUCAACACUCUGCGAUUCUACCUUUGGGAGACCAUUGUAUUCUUCAGCCUUGCGGCUUCCAAGGAGGCUGACGCUGCCCGCUCUGCACCCAAGCCUAUGUCGCCCUCCGACUUCCUGGAUAAGCUCAUGGGGAGGACUUCUGGGUAUGACGCCAGGAUCAGGCCCAACUUUAAAGGUCCCCCUGUGAACGUGAGUUGCAACAUCUUCAUCAACAGCUUCGGCUCCAUUGCUGAGACAACUAUGGACUACAGAGUCAACAUCUUCCUGAGACAGCAGUGGAACGACCCCCGUCUGGCCUACAACGAAUACCCGGACGACUCUCUGGACCUUGACCCGUCCAUGUUGGAUUCCAUCUGGAAGCCUGACCUGUUCUUUGCCAAUGAGAAGGGAGCCCACUUCCAUGAGAUCACCACUGACAACAAACUGCUGAGAAUCUCCCGGAAUGGCAAUGUCCUCUACAGCAUCAGGAUCACCCUGACACUGGCCUGCCCCAUGGACCUGAAGAACUUCCCGAUGGAUGUACAGACAUGUAUCAUGCAACUGGAAAGCUUUGGAUACACCAUGAAUGACCUCAUCUUUGAGUGGCAGGAGCAGGGAGCUGUGCAGGUGGCGGAUGGACUGACCCUGCCUCAGUUUAUCCUGAAGGAGGAGAAGGACCUGAGAUACUGCACCAAGCACUAUAACACAGGUAAAUUCACCUGCAUUGAGGCCCGAUUCCACCUGGAGCGGCAGAUGGGCUACUACCUGAUCCAGAUGUACAUCCCCAGUCUGCUCAUUGUCAUCCUGUCCUGGAUCUCCUUCUGGAUCAACAUGGAUGCUGCACCAGCUCGUGUGGGACUGGGCAUCACCACUGUGCUCACCAUGACCACACAGAGUUCUGGCUCCCGAGCCUCCCUACCCAAGGUGUCCUAUGUGAAAGCCAUUGACAUUUGGAUGGCUGUGUGCCUGCUCUUCGUGUUCUCGGCUCUGCUGGAAUAUGCGGCCGUGAACUUCGUGUCUCGGCAACACAAGGAGCUGCUGCGAUUUAGGAGGAAGCGGCGACAUCACAAGAGCCCCAUGCUGAAUCUGUUUCAGGAUGAUGAGGGUGGAGAAGGCCGCUUCAACUUCUCUGCCUAUGGGAUGGGGCCAGCCUGUCUGCAGGCCAAGGAUGGCAUCUCUGUCAAGGGUGCCAACAACAACAACACCACCAACCCCCCUCCUGCACCGUCCAAGUCCCCGGAGGAGAUGCGGAAGCUCUUCAUCCAGAGAGCCAAGAAGAUCGACAAGAUAUCGCGCAUUGGGUUCCCCAUGGCCUUCCUCAUCUUCAACAUGUUCUACUGGAUCAUCUACAAGAUCGUCCGAAGGGAGGAUGUCCACAACAAGUGAAGGCUCUGGGGUGGGGUGGGGGGUUGGGAGAGGGUGGUGGGAGGAGCACCGAGGCUGGGAGCCAGGGGAGGAGGGAGAGAGGGAGAGCGCACACCCAUCUCCCUCCACCAAGUGCAAUAGAGACCACAGGGGUGGAUACUUCCAGGGUAUGGCAAUAUUCAACUAGCCUCCGAGGGCAUGAGUUGGGGGGGGUGCUUUUCAAAUACAGCAACUGAGGACCAUGAGGGGUGGGGUGGGGUGAGGGAGGGGGAUUGGGGAAUCACAGCUUUCAAAAUUCAAGUCCAUUGGUUUGACUGGGGGAGGGGGGUCCUCCUGUUUGGAGGUCAGUGCUGCCUGCCCCAGAGCAGGAAAGCGGUGUAAUAUAUGACAUAUAACCAUGCUUAACGUUAAUGCAAAUCCCACGAGAACAAAAGAUGCGUCUCUUAAAUCAGCCUAGUAACUGCUUAAACUUUUAAAAUCCCCCAAGUGACGGACAACUUUUCCCAGAGUAGAAAUGGUCACUAAUAAGCUUGCUGUGGUAUGUGCCCACAUCGCACCCUUACAAAUGCCAGGUCUGUCUCCAAACUGACCCCGGUGGACACAUGCCAAAAAGCCAUUCCGCCUCUGCUUCGAGAGGGUCGCAUGACACAGGCGUGGGUCGUGGAGAUGGAUACAGGCGGACCAACAGCAGGAAGUGACUGAGGAGAAGGGCCAUUGCAGAAGCCCGGGGAUGGAGAAUCCAGGAACCCCCACACACACACACAGGGCACCAAGCUUGCUCCUCUUGCUUCUGCGCUUCAGCGCCAGCCCAACUCAGUGCCAGCUCUAUGGUCUUCUCGUUGUAUUACCAAUAUGCAAUCUUUUUUAUUGUUAAAAAAAAAGUAAUAAUCUUGAGAAACAAUAUGGGGAGAGACUGAGUGUAAACCCAUGAACUUUUUUCCAAAUGUCUAUUUUUUUGGAGAGUCUCUUUGGAACUGCAAGUAGGUGCAUUAUGGGAAAGGUGGGCCUGGCUGAAAAAGGUCCCAAAUGCCAGGCGGGAAUCAAGUUUAAAGAUGUGAAAGAGAAGGCACCAAUGCUGCUGCUGCUGCUGCUGCUGCCCAUUCUGUUUACAGGUGGGAAGAGACAAUGAUAUUUAGAAAGUCCACUCAUUAUAUUUUGACAUUUCAUAUAUCAUAACAUGGGAAGCUUGGGGGAAUGACCCCAUUAUAUUUUUAUAAGUCUUUCUUUUUUUUUUUUUUUAACGAUGCUUUGCACAGCUUUAACACGUAGGAAAGUUAGACAAAUAUUUCUCUUUCCUUCUAACUCUGAAGUGCCAGAAGGGUCCCAGACUAGCCAGGGCACUCCAGGGAAAGAGACAGGGACUGAGAUGAACUGAGUUGGAAGAAGGAGUCCCGCUGACAGGUCUGGAUAUGCACAGAACCACCCUACCCAUGGCACAACGCCUGUCCCAGUCCUGCAGCCUGUGGCUAGGGCACAGGCGUGGCACUUCUGUCCUAGUGCUUUACUGUCUUGGCCUUGGAUCAGAGUUAGAGGUAGGAUGGAGAUCAAUCGCUGACAAUCAGCUGGGGAGCUAGGGGCAGGAUGGAGAAGGGGAAUGAUGAGGUGAUGCCUACCUGCCCCCUGCCAUGCACUUUCCCUAGGGAGUUUUCCCGCUCUUCCCUGUGGCAUUGAAGCUAAUGCCUAGAUGGGUCUAAAACUGAGGAAGCCAAGACAAAGACCAUGAGUUCUGAGUAAAGAUGCACUAUGCAGCCAGAGGGAUGAGAUGAACUGCUGGUGUCCCGCCAGGUUCAAGGUCAAACGGCCCGUGCCUUGCCUCCUCUUGGACUGUAAGAUCCAAAAAGACAAUCUACGUUUCGGCUCUGGGUAAGGGGCACAGGACCUUUGUUUACAGGAAAUCUUGAGCAGUGGGAUCCCCAUGAGUGGGCGACUCUCAUCUGAGGUUUGUCCUUUCCCACCGGAAAAAUGUUCAAAGCGGGGGGCGGGAAAAGUGAAGAUGGCCUUGAAUAGCCAGAGUUCAGGAUGAAGACGCCAGUUUGUGGAGCUGUGAGGUCUUCCUCAGCACAAGAGAAGGAAUCUCGUCACUCCAGGGCUGUGCAUCUUAGGAGAGGCUGCAAUUAGUCCUUUCCAGUGGCACUUUAUCCCCUUUAUUUAGGUUAACAGAUAUUUGUAAUAGAAAAUAACCAAUGGAGCCCUCUCCUUACUGUGCUCAGACUGACUCAAGACCAGGUGAAUGGGGCAACCACAGGAGGCACCAGGACACAUCAGAAUCUGUGCUGAACACAGAACCACCCAGCACCUUCCAAAAUGGUUUCCAUGGGAAGCAUCUGGAAUGACCCUAAGAUGGAGAAAUCAAUGAACCAUUUGCCCAGUCUCAACUGGGCUCCUAGGUGCCCGUGUCAUCAUUUUGGAAUGGUCCAUUGUGAGCUGUCUGGCCAAGGUGUCCAAUUCAGCAAGCAAUGGGCUCACAUCUUUGAGACAUACUGGGGAAUGUCACUGAAACCCUUCAGACUAUGAGCAAAGAGACAACCUGAAUCAAGCCUGCGGUUAAUACACAGAAUGCUCUUGGGUGAAUGUCCAAGCUUUGGUCUCUCUGACUGCACUGUGGAGAGAACAGGACAGUAUCUGAGCUCUCCCUGGCUCUCCCUGCUAUGAAUCUGUGUUUACACGGAGGAUCUUUGCACAACUUAAAGCUUACCAUCGGUUUGAUUUCUCAGGGCUCCAUGCAAGCACGUAGAUUUGUGCACAGUUGCACUGACCUACACAAUUCCUGUUGCUUCUGUUCUUUGGAAAAUUUGCAAGUUUGCUUUUCCAUACUUCUUUUAAUCAAAAGUCGAAGGAAGGAAGGAAGGAAGGAAGGAAGGAAGGAAGGAAGGAAGGAAGGAAGGAAGGAAGGAAGGAAGAAAAAUUUGAACUAGAUAAUUUAGGCCAAAGCUUUCAGGUGACCCCAAUGAACAGGGCAAGGCUUUCGCAAUUUCCCCUUUAGGCUGAGCACAAAGGGCCCUAUGCCCUGGGAUUACAGGUAUAAAAUGGAUGCUUCAGUAUAUGGGAAUCUGAUGUCCGUGCAGAGAAUACCUUACCGGUUUUGAAGUUCUUCUUCAGUACAGACUGGUUUUCAUGCAUAGUGUAAAACUUGGAAAGGGGCAUGGAGGAGCAGAUGACUUCAAUUCACCUCCAAAGCUGCAUCUUAUCCUAGGAGCCAGGUGGGGACACCAACUGCUUCUUACUUUGUUAGCUCCACGGAUCCCACUGGUUUCAGAAAUAAAUGACUCCACUCUGCCCUCUGCUGGAAUUUCCUAGCACCUGCAAGACCCUUCAUGGCAAAGGCUCCCGUGGAAAACGUGUGUGUGUGUGUGUGUGUGUGUGUGUGUGUGUGUGUGUGUGUGUGUGUGUGAAAGAGAGAGAUCUAUUUUUCUAUUAACUCUAGAAAAAAAGAAGGAAGUUUCACCCCAAUUAUUUCCUUUUCUAAACUAUCAAUAAAUAGGAAAGUAAUCCCUUUCAGAAAUAUACCAAUAUUUUCAUUGUCUUUUUUUCCUACAUGGGAGGCAAAUAACCAAGAAGGCUGGUUCAUUUCAUCCAGCAUAUGCAUCUUUACGAGCAUCAUAAGAAGAAGUAAUGUCUUAGAGAGGCACCAUGAUGUAAUAUUGCAGGACAGAUUGGCACUUCAGUCGAGAUGGUGCUGCCACUGAUAAUUGUCUUCUGUCUUACUUCAUUGCAACAUGCUGAAACCAAAGGGGGUUGUCACAACCCUGGCAGCGACUGCAUCCUUUGGAGAAGAUGAUAAGCAGAGUGUAUCCUCUUCAGGGCUCUGAAGGUCACAGCCCUUGCCCAGCCAGGCUGGAAACCCAGUCCAGAACAAUGAACGUCACACUGGAAGCUAUCUAUCAAUAUCUAUUUCAGGAACAUCUUCAGCACUUUCUACCCACCCUCCACCCUUAACUCUGCCCAGACAGGUGAGGUUGGGUUUUCUCGGGAUGCCUCUUGGAUUGACAAGUGGCCAAUAAGUCUGUGAAUCGGUGAAUGACUUCUACCCAUUGAAUCGACUAGAACAAUGUGUCUCCACCCAAGCAAGCAGGAAACAUAUUCUUUAAAUAGAACAUGGAUUCUGUUUUUCUACUUCAGAAAUUUGAAGUGAGAGCCUUCUUCUUUUCCUCCAAUUCUAGGGAACAGUAACAAGAGUCUAUGACGAGAGAGGAGUGAAUGUGUCUUGCUUUAAUGGCUCAACCAUGAGGACUGUCUGUGCAAGGAAAACAUACAUCCUGGCAAGCAUUUGGUCUGUUGUACUCUGACAUCCCAGUGACAGAGAAGACAUCCUUGAGUGAGUCAAAAUCUCAAGAGCAAUAAAGGAGUCUCUGGUAGAAGAGUACUUCCCUGGUGUGGGGGUUGAUGAAAAGCAGAGGCAGAUGAGGAGAUGAUGUCAGAUGACUGGCAGCCAUGUAGAGUUUUUUUGAUCAGAAAAGCCUUCAAAAGAGGGGUCUAGUAUAGGAGACUGGGGUACUUACAGGGCAGAAAAUGUUCCUUUAACAUCCCUUCCAGAUGAAGUGUCCAAAGCAUACAGUGAAAGUCAUGGGAGCCAAAGAUAACUAGCCCAAGACAAAGCCUGACAGAGAGUAUCCAGGCCUGGUCCCACAGAGGACAAGGAACUGAGUUUUGAGACUGGCUGGUGUCCAUUUACCUUUUCCAUGUAUGUGUUUUUUAACCUUCAACAAAUUAUCUCACCUUCUGUGAUCUUGAAGGAACCCUAACUUCCCAAAUUGUUGAUGAGCAUAAAAUUGAGGAAAUGAAAUGAUCCAUGUUUUUGUUAUUAAAAAUAGAAUAUAGAUGAGAUAUUUCGCUAAAAUGAAUCUGAUAGCUGCAGAUCAAAAGUCUGGAUCUUUUUGUUAAAGAACAUCCCAGUAUAUGAACAUUUAAGUCCUAGUUACCACUCAAAUGCUGGUGAAUACUUUUACUAGAUUAGAAAUCAAAGAUCUUGAUCAAAAGCCAAUGUUCAGUGAUGGUGGCUCACGCCUUUAAUCCCAGCACUCAGGAGGCAGAGGCAGGUGGAUCUAUGAGUUCAAGGCCAGUGUGGUCUACAAAUCAAGUGCCAGAACAGCUAGAACUACACAGAGAAAUCCUGUCUCAAAAAACAAAAAGAAAAAGAAAAAACAAAAAAGCCAAUUUCUCUCUUCCUUAUCUCAAAAUGUAGUCACAAACAAUAUAAAUUCACUAACUCAUCUUCAAGGUUAAUAAUCUACUAAAACAGCUUGAUACACAGGGAACUUGGCUGAGAUGAAGCCACUGAGUAGUUACUGAAGUCUGAAAAUGAAGAGGAGUGAGCUGAAGGGCAGGUGAGGAUCAGUGGUGUUUGGAGGAUACAGACAUGUGCCUUACCUGUGAUCCUGCAGAGGGGAAACCUUGUGCUAGGAAGGCUUAAACUUGGCUGGAGUGCAGAGGUAGGACAAGACCUUCCCUGAGGCUUUCUAAAGUCUAGAAUUCCUUUAACAUCCACUCAAGAUGAGAAACAGUGAAAGGCCUAGGAGCCAAAGAUAAGCAUCAUCUCUAAGGGCUGGCCUUGAAAUUGAGCAGGGUGAGACCCGGUGUGACUGAAUAAUUCAGGGCAAGAUGCAGCAACAACAGGCAGAGACGGGGCUGAGAGCAUCUCACUCUUAGGAUGGAUGCUCAGCGGUUCUGGAGCAUAGGACAUUUGAGCCCAAACUUGAAAGACUAUAUCCAAGGCAACCAUUUACUAUUUGGGGGUCUCAUCCACCUGUUUAGAAGGCAAAUGGUUUAACCCUGUGGGACAGCUGCCCAGCUACUUCUUCCAGGCGGGUGUUUGCGUAAAAAGGAACCAUCUUCAGAUAAGAGCCAAAUGAAUCGGAAACACUGACCAAUGUUCCAGAAAAGAAGGGUUGUCCGGUAGCUCUUCACUCUCAUCUCAGAUCUAGAAAUUAAAGGGGGAAAUGGAAUUACAAAACGUGUAGAGAGUCAGCUCCUCCAUCACCACAAAACAAAAACCCUAAGAACUAAAUAGAUACUUGUCUUGGGAUCCCCUUGUUCCUGGUCUAACUUGUUCAGUAGAUAACUUGAUUGCACAAUACCCCAGGCAGUCCAUUUCCCUGUUCAAGGUCUCUCCUGCUAUUUCCCAGGGCUCACCAAGGCCCCUCAGCUCUAUCCUAAAGCCAGGGUGUUGGCAAAACAGGUUCACUACCUGUAGGAGUAAUGUACCCAGGAACGUGUUAGCUUCUUUCCUGAGGGUCCCCAGAUCAUCUGGGUAAUGAGGACAGUUUCACUCUGAAUGGACUCUAGUGAAGGCCAAGUCUGACUUAGCGGGUCUCCAAAUGAAAAUUACACACUAGUCUUUGAAUACUUCAGUCUGGACAGAACAACUUAACCUAACUGGAGCAGAGAAUUCUCUCAUAUUAUCAUGUGUCACAGCCAAGACUAGACUAUAACCACAUGUGACAUUAUAAAUGGAGGUAUUCUCAAUUUUUCUGUGACUUUCUUCUUACCCUUCCUACAUUUGCUGUGUUAAGUCUGAAAGUGGCAUACUAUGAAAGCUGAGCAUCCAAAUAAAACCAAGUAGGAGGCAGCGCCUGAAGUUCCAAAACAGUCACUAGCAUGGGAGAUGGAGGACGCCACAGAGAAAGAAGUGGACGGUGGUGUAUUGGAAGCCCAGCUGAGCAGUCAUGUAAGGAGCGGGUGAGGUUCUGAUAGAUGGGACAGGACAGUCUCAAGCAGACUGAGCAAGUGCUGAGAUCCAGGGGCAAAGUGAAGGGGCUCGUGUAAGCAUUGCUUGCACUUUCGGGUGAACGAAUUGGAGGCAGGUUAGGAGAGGCGGGUCUGUGCCUAUCGGGCACGCUUACAGAAGAUGCUACAGAUCGGGUCUCAUUAGGCAGUUUGGCAGGACAAAGCAAGAAGUCUCCAUCUCCUUCCUGACCCCUAUGAUGUCCCCAGCCCGCUCAGCUUCUUCUGCACUUCUCAUGGGAGAACCUGCUUUUCCUAAACUUGGAAGCAUAUGAAGUAGUCGUGUGGGAACUCACAUCUCAAAGGUCAUCAAUUCAUCCCAUUAAGUGCUAAGAGUUUAUGCUAAGAAGGCUUGGGAGCCAGGCUUCUUUAUUUUGUGGUGUGUGUGUGUGUGUGUGUGUGUGUGUGUGUGUGUGUGUGUGUGUGUAGAUGAAAGGUUGUUGGACCCAGCUUCUCAGGCUUCUUUAUUUUAUGGUGUGUGUGUGUGUGUGUGUGUAGAGGUGAAAGGUUGUUGGACCCAGCUUCUCUAUGGGUCUGGGGUUCCAAACUCAGGUCCUCAAGUUUGUGCAGCAAGCACUUUACUGACUGAGCCAUCCCUAAAAGUUGUGGUUCCUCACGGAGCUCACUAUGAACACUAUCUAAAAAGUCCUUCCUGUCUCGGUUAACUGAUGGAACACACAAGGCAGACAGCGAAGACCUGUGUUCUUUCUGUUCUCCCCGAUGUGGUGCUGGGGAUUGAACCCACAGCCCGUGACAUGCAAGGCUAGAGCUCUACCCCCAAACCACAUCCUCAGCAGUGUACUGAAGGUGUUUCUAGAGCUGAGUUUGUGGUCCAGACAUCACCUUGUUGUUGAUCUCACUGAAGAGCAGCCCUGGAGGAAAAGAAGUCCGACAUGUUGUUUUCAUCCUUAGCUGCAUCUAAAAAUCAUUUCCCAACCUAGAGAAGAAUUAUUCCAGGCACACAAUCUGACAAGAAAGAAACAGUAUGGAGGAGAAAAUAUAGACAGGAACCAGAUGCUGUUCACGCCACCGCAGGUGCAAAUGCACAAAAGAGCAGGUUUUUUUCCCCCCUCAGGAACUUGCCUUCCUUCCCCUGGCAAAUUUAGGAGGGGUAUUUUGGGGAGAUGGCUUAUAGUAUCUCCCUCUGUAAAAGAUGGUCCCUAGGUCUUAGCUUGAAAGGGAGGGGUAUCACGCAAGCAGUUGGGUAGGUUAACGUUCUCCAUGUUAGAUGCAUUUCUACCUCAUAUUAAAAGACAUUGUGCUCUCAGCACGCUACUUUAGCCAGAAUGGUAUCAACGAAGCUGAAGUGUUGGAUGAGAUAAAUUGCACAUUUUAAACCCAUCCAAUUUCAUGUCAUAAUGAUUUCAUCUUUCAAUGCUGGAGCCAUGAUAAUAAUAUCACCACCAAGUUAAAAUGAGAUGAACGAGCUGGACUCCAAAGGGGCUCAUCUUCCUUCUCUCUCAUACUGGCCCCAUGCAAUGCCUACUGCAUGCUGACGUGUAUACUACAGACAACAAAGAGGUGAGGAGUAUGUUCGCAUUUUUUUUAAAAUUUAAGCAACCAGAGUUAAGCUUACAAAAGAUUGAUGUAGCAGGGGCUGCAGCAGCCUAAAAAAAAAAAAACCUCGAAAAACUGGAUAAAAUACAUGUCUUCUAAUAAACAAAAUGACCAAGACAGCCAGUUGUGGUGGUGCGUGACUAUAAUCCCAGCACACAGGUGGUAGAAUCAGAAAGUGAGUUCCAGUCCUGCCCGAGCUAAGCAGCAGGACCCUGUCUCAAAAACCAAGUGGCCAAGACAAGACCGGAAGUCCUUUGAAGCCCUCUUGUUAUUGUCAGGAUCAACCUCGUGACAGUCCUGUUGGGAUCCACGCAAGUCGUUGACAGUGCCUACCCAAAGGCUGGUACUAGUACAAAUGAAGUGACUGUCCACACAAGCCACGGGGCCGCCAGACCAGACUGGACCGGCUUUUGACAUGCCUGGGUGGUUACAAGCCUGGAGUGAUGCUGCAUUUGCCUUGUUUACCCCAGACUUGGUAAGCUCUCCAUUCUCACCUGAACCUCAGAUGUAAUUCACUCAUUUGAAAUGAGCUAGCUUCUGCCAAUGAGAGCGAUGUGCCACUUCAGUCUCACCCAAACCUUGCCAAAGCGAAAGACUUCCUGUGGACCUGGGAGUCACCUCCAAAGGACUACCCUUUGUCAUCUCUAAUUCAUCCAUCUAGGUGUUUGCACAAACCUAACCUGUCUUCCAAGUUCUCUGGCUUGGUUUUGAGACAGAGCAGAUGGUUCUUUGGGUAACUUUGUAUUUCCUCUUUCCCUCCCCAGAAAAGUUAGCUUCCAACUGAAAUGUGUCACAAAUCACAAGGGAGAAAAUUCAGCCCCUUUAAACAGGUAGGAAAUGCUUCCUGGAAGUUAAGACUCCCUGGGCAUUUCACCCCUACAAGGGCAUCCUGCCAUCCUUCCUAUCACAGUGCCAGUGUGGAUGUGGGGUCCAUUAAAGGUAAGAUGCCUACAAUUGUCUAAGUCCAAAAGAUGCAAGAGCCGUGCUUAGCUGGGCACUGUGAGCUGAGCUGUAAAGUACUUCAUCACCACAAUGGGAGAGGUUUCCACAAGCCACAUAGCCAAAGCAGAUUGCUGAGUAGCAGUCCGGUGACAUCUCUGAUGAAUUGACCUGGAAAAUUGGGUCUGAAUUACUCUCACGGAAGUUCCUCAUCCUUUCCCAGAAGAGAAUGUGACCAUGUGUUUUCUAUGGAAACUUCUUUGUAUAUAUGUAUAAACUAGGUAUGGCCUUAAAGCUGCAGUUAAGGAUCUGUCUGGCUCCCACCUUAAGCAGCGUGCUAAGCAACCGCUUCCUUAAUGUACUAUUUUUACGUCUCAUUGACCAUUCAACCUUGAACAGGCAAUUCUCUCUGGCCCCUUCCCUUUUUUGCAUGAAGUCAUUAAAGUUAUGGCAGGGUUUGUUUUUGUUAUUUUUGUUUUGUUUUGGGGUUCAGGUCUUUUUGGCUUGUAAAAAAAAAAUCUAUUUCUGCAAUUUAAAGAUGGAAUGUAAAAUUUCUGUGCUGUAUAUAAAAGUAUAUUUAUUGAGCCAUCCAUAGACACAUAUCCAUGCCAAUUCUAAUGAAAAAAAUUAAAGUUUUCUGAAAUUUUCUGUGA